AUGACAGACCCCAUUAGCAUCGCUGGCUUGGCGCUGGCCGUAGGGGGUACUAUUACUGCCUGCCUGAAAUACGGUCGUCAGUUGGUUAAGCUUUGUCGUGAUAGUCGACAUCUAGAGGCUGGAAUACUCGACAUAAUCCUCACGAUCGAAGGUAUCUGGCUGAAAACAGAAACCCAACUCCAGUCCCUCCGAUCCAUCUGGUCCUCCCUCCGCUCAGAGCUCCAGGUGCAUUAUACAGAAGCAUUGGAGAAUUUAGAGAUUAAACUCCUAGCGGCUAUAAAAAGCGUCGAUGCCUUCUGCGAUGUAACAGACGUAUCAGCCAGUCCCCACAAGAAGCUCCGGGCUCCAUUCCUUCAUAAACACCUCAAACAAGCUAUGGCGGACCUCGAAGGCUGGCAGCGUCGAUUUGACCCCUCCUGGUACCUGAUUACACGGAUAACGGAACCGAAGGUCGAUGCACGGCUCAAAAUCAGCGAUGAAGCUCAAGAAGAGACGGACCCAUCCAUGGCCCGACUGACUCGCAUGCGCGAGGCCAUCAAGCAGAUCUCCUCUCCUGACAACACCGACAAGACGGGCUCCGUAUUCAAAGACGCCUCCGUAGUACAAACCUCCAAAACUCCAAUUCCAGGAACAACCACGUUUCUCGCCUCAUACCGUGGCGUGGACCAGCCCAUCCUCCUCGAUGGGACAAGGUACCCUGCGACUCCUACCGCACGCACAGCGAAAGCCUACGCCCGCGACCUCGCCCGUCUUCUCGCAAACGUUGACCCCAAAACAUUCAGUUUGCUCAAGUGCGACGGCGUCAUCGAGUUCCCCGAGAGUCCCAAUAGCAGCCAAUUCGAAUUUAUUUUCCCGAUCCCACAGGGCCUUUCAAACCCGCGCACCCUCCGCUGUCUUCUUCUCGAACAACCAACCUGCUCGCUGUCCCAGCGAGUGCGACUCGCAAAGCAGCUCGCGCGGUCUGUGAUGUUCGUCCAUGCAAUGGGAUUCGUGCACAAAGGCAUCCGUCCCGAAACAGUCCUAAUCUUCACCGAAGACAACGCGUCACAACAGGCGGUACCAGAACCUGCAACAGCAAACGCAAACGCAAACCUCGGACCUUCCUACCUCGUCGGCUUUGAGCGCACCCGCCGUGCAGAUGGCCCCACCGACUUGCAUGGCGACCACGAAUGGGCCCGCAACCUGUACCGCCAUCCUCAGCGACAGGGCCUCUGGCCUGAGGACCUGUACAGCAUGCAACACGACAUCUACAGUCUGGGCGUGUGUCUUCUCGAAAUAGCACUAUGGCAGUCAUUCGUUCGCUCGAAAUUCCCAUCUUCUCCAGAGUCUGCAGACCUGACAGUGCCGUGGGAGGAGCUAGAUAUCGUCCACGCGAUUGAGGAUAAAGAUCCCAAGCGGGGCGGGUUCGCGAUCAAGGCGUCUUUGACCGAGCUUGCGGAACGGAGGUUGCCCGCCCUUGUGGGUGACGUGUACACUGAAGUAGUGGUUACUUGCCUAGGGUGUCUAGAUAGUGGGGAGGAGAAUGUGUUUGGCACAGAGAGGGAUUUAAGAGUCAAACUUAGGGAUGAGGAUGGAGUGGUUGUCGGGGUCAGGUUUGCUGAGAAUGUAUUGCUACGCAUUGAGGAGAUCUGUGUGUGAUCUUUCCGCUCCAUUAGGGUCUUUAUAACCCUGAUUGUUGAAGGCCUUAUUCCACUGUUCCUCGUCCAAGCAUGGUUUUUCAUACGACAAUUGCAUUACAAAAAGAAUAGAGCAGGGACAUCACAUUCAUAACUAGCAGGAUUAGACUGGAUUAUACACAGGAUAUCAGCACCAUAUAUACACUGCACCUCACAAGCCUCACACAUACGCCAUCCACCCAUAUCAUCCAUCAUUACAUGAUUAUAUACAUACAAGUCACAAAAAACCAACUCAGCUCGACUUCUUCCGACUCCUAAUCUUCCGCGCCGGCGGACUCACACCCACCUCCUGCAUCUCCUGCAGCCGCGCGACCGGACCCACCGACGACCGCGUCUGUCUGCGCG